AUGCCUGAUUUCUUCGUUGUAGCCCGUGUUGUCGGAUCAGACGGUGCUUUUCCAAAGUGGAAAGAGCGACUGGUGCCGCUGUGCGAGGUUUCUGCUACGGAGCCGUACUCGACAUCAUACUACUGGGGGCAGGAUGUCGACGGAGAACCAGAUACUUUAUGGGGUCUUGAAGGGUAUGCUCACCCAAUCGGCUUCUUCAUCGGCCACCCAGCAUCUGAAGUUUUCAAGCGAGAGAUGAAGAAGGUGGAUGAAGACAAACUUCUCCGACAUGUGCAGGGACUCGGGAGCCCAGAUUAUGACUUGCAUUACUACGACAUGCAUUAUGGCUUCUUAAGUCGCCCGGAUGACAAGAACAAGGAUGCCAAAGACAGCUUUGUUGUGAUUGUGCACUUUUGGUCACCUGCAGGCCGUCGCAAGCAGCUUCUGGGGGCUUUGUGCGCGGGAGCCGAUCGAGUUCGUGCGGCAGAAAACAGUCCUAAUAUAACCAUCCAAAGUUUCGCAAUCCUCAAGGAAUGCCUCGACUUGAACAUGGCAAGCCUCUAUAUCAGAUCUAGAAGUAAGCAGGAUUGGGAAACCUUCCAAUCUUCCAAUCUAUUCAAACAAAUCUUGGAAGAGGUAGCCCCUACAAACGAGAAGUCGGAGAUCCAUCGAUCACAAGCAUUCAAUGGCCAUAUUGACCAGCAGCCACCAAUUGGACCAGUCUAG